GUUUACUCUAUAGUAUAUUCUAUAAUCUAGUUCUUGCUUGCAUCUCUUUACAGUGAAGCUUCCAAUAAAAUACGUUCAAAUCUUAGUCCCAGACUUUUUAUGCCGAGAGCCCCUAUCUACCGUUAUACAACAAAAACUCAACAUUGUCCCAAAGAACUUAAAUCAAAAUUUCUUAAAAGUCAUAAUUUGACAACUAUUAAUAGAAAUACAGAUUUUGCCAAAGAUUCCAAAAUACAGAAAAAGUGCCAACAAAUACAAAACUCGGAAAAUUUUUUAAAAAGAUCCAGAGGAAAACUAGUUAAGAGGUCUCAACGGGAAAGUAUGCAGAAUAUAACUGAGCAUAGUUUUAAAAGGCCUAAACAAGCGGAUCCAACAAGAAGUAAAGAAAGUAAAGCCUGUAAUAAUACUGCCAAACGUUUAAGGAAACAACAGAAUCUAACAAAAUCUAACUGCAAUUUAGCGAAAGCUAAAAAAUCGCUAACAAAUUGUAAAGCUUUUAAUAAGAAAUCGAAAGAGAACGUUAAGGACAAAUGGACGAAUUUAAAGGUUAUAGCCAAUGAAAAUUCCACAGAUAAUACUAGAUAUUUGACAGAUGGAGAAAUUGUUUUCUUAAGAGAUAAUGAGCGGGGAAAUAUGGAACACUAUUGCAGAGUCGAGAAUAAUAAAACGGUAAAAACUACGGGCACUUUUAAUUUUGAAACUAUUUGGAGUAGUCAGGAACAGAGCAAAUCUUUUGAUCUAAACUGUCAGAGAACGGCAGGUGAAAACCAAAGCAAAUUUCAAACCAAAAAUUACGGUAACAAUAACACUGAGAAUUCUCUAAAGAGUUCAGUACAAGGAUCGGAAUAUAACUACCACCAGAGAGACACUUCAAGGGAACAAAACUCUACAGAAUCGAGCAUAAAGAUAACAGAUUUAUACACAGAAAAUCAAAGUAAUUCUGGUCAAGAAUCAGGUGGCGAAAUUGUUCAGAAUUAUCUUCGAUUACACGAUAAUGCUAAAGAAUACAACAUUGAGUGUGGAACCGACCACAACCAACCUAACGACCAGCAAUCUUCUACAGCAUUAAUGCCUCUUCUGAACACUACAACAAUAAGGAUCCAUAAACCCUAUUUAACUUACAAUAAGUGUAAUUUUGAAGGACCGAUACCAGUACUAUGCAUCCGAAAUUUACCCUCAAUAAAUCAGAAAUUUAAUAACUCUCAAAGCGUUACAAAUCUAAAGGAACCUUUCAUCGUUAAACUACAAACGAAUCCAGAAAUAUUACAGCCGACCUUGCAGCAAACUACAACAGAAACCGUUCCUAUUCUCAAACCUCCAAAACCUGCAACAAUCUUUAAACCUUAUCUAUUAAGCCCAGAAAACAAACAGACUUCCUCAGAAUUUCCAACUUUAACUAACACAUCCUCCACCUCCUCCACUACCUUAACUUCCACUCAACCCAAUUUAACGUCUUCAGAAACUACUUCAAAUUCUCUUCUACAACUACCACUUAGCUCGUAUCUUAAUCGUGCCACAGCAGCAGUUAGCGAUUUUCAAGACACCGUUCAUGCCUCAAUGUCUUCAAUAUAUGAUUGUUCACUCACCGAUAAAAACAUUCAUGAAGAUCUUAUUAAUUUGGAAAAUUCCGUUGAUUCUUUUAAUAAAUUUCUGUUACAAUCCUAUAAGGAUAUGCAACUUAUGGAUUUAAAAACUACUAAUUGUUUGGAGUAUUUAAAUAGCAAGAACCUUGAUAGAAGAUUUCAGGAUCAGCAUUUAAGGUCUCAAGAUACUUCUUUAAACAAUCCUCCUACUAACUCAACAGACCCACGAGAUACUGUAACAAUACUAAUAGAGGCGGAUACUAUGCCAACAAAAACGAUCACCUUUAAAACAUCCGAUAUAAUAUGUCCAAAAAUCAACUUUAAAGAAAUAGAAAGGAGUUGCAGUCAAGAUAUUCCAGUUCCAUAUAAUAGUAGAAAACUCAAACGGAAAAAUUCAGAUGUGUCAAUAGUUUCAAAUAUAAAAUUAACCAAUAAUGAAAUACUUAAGCAAAUAUUGCCAAAUCUAAACAAAGAAUCUGCCAACAGUUUUAAACACUCACAAAUGGAAUCUUAUAAAGCUGAUAUUUUCAAAGAUAGUCCAAUAAAUUCUUUGGAAGCAUUUGUAGAAGAAUCAAUGAAAAGACCAGAUUAUAUGAACAAUUCAUUACACUUGAUUAAUCUUCAUGAGGAAGCUAUGACAGAGGAUGUUAAUGGUUUUAAUGAAAAAAUUCUAAUUACUGGGAAAAAGGACUAUACUCUGAAGCAAACAUUUGAGAAGGAUCAAGAUCAACAGAAUAGAUUAAAACGCAGAAGAAGUACAUCAACUUCAAUGAAAACGUAUAACGAAUCUCAAAGGUCAUCAAGUUCAAAAAGACAAAGGCUGGAGAAUGACUUAAAUCAAAAGGAUGCCAGUAUUUUUAUUGAUAGCAAAAGCAGACCAAGGGACCAAAUUUUGAAAGCUUCAGAAAACUCUGUUUCAACAACUUCCAAUACAUCUAUAUAUAGUCUUAUAUAUACCAAAGCACAAACUAAUUAUACAUCAUUUGCAACUCAUAAUCCUUUACGUUUAUAUAGGAUUCCUAAUCAUCAUAAUCAUCUGCACAAACCAAUAGCAAGUCAAGCAUCCACCGGAAAUCCGAUUACCUUAACCAAUACUUAUAAUCACACUCGAGUAACUGAAAAUCUCCCUGACGAUCUAAUGCCUUCAAAAUAUUCCCAAAUUUAUAGACCCCAUUUAUACCCCUACAAUCUACAUGACAACCAACAGCUUCAAGUUCCAUAUUACAAUCCAUUUAUACCCGCAAAUCAAUAUUACUCACAUGAUAAACUUUUUAAACCUUCAACCUCCAGUAACUCUUUUGAAAUUCCAAAAAGUGUUCUUAAUAUGCGAUAUUUACCAAAUCCCUAUAUUCUAGUUCUGUCUCAAGAUACUUCUUUAAACAAUCCUCCUACUAACUCAACAGACCCACGAGAUACUGUAACAAUACUAAUAGAGGCGGAUACUAUGCCAACAAAAACGAUCACCUUUAAAACAUCCGAUAUAAUAUGUCCAAAAAUCAACUUUAAAGAAAUAGAAAGGAGUUGCAGUCAAGAUAUUCCAGUUCCAUAUAAUAGUAGAAAACUCAAACGGAAAAAUUCAGAUGUGUCAAUAGUUUCAAAUAUAAAAUUAACCAAUAAUGAAAUACUUAAGCAAAUAUUGCCAAAUCUAAACAAAGAAUCUGCCAACAGUUUUAAACACUCACAAAUGGAAUCUUAUAAAGCUGAUAUUUUCAAAGAUAGUCCAAUAAAUUCUUUGGAAGCAUUUGUAGAAGAAUCAAUGAAAAGACCAGAUUAUAUGAACAAUUCAUUACACUUGAUUAAUCUUCAUGAGGAAGCUAUGACAGAGGAUGUUAAUGGUUUUAAUGAAAAAAUUCUAAUUACUGGGAAAAAGGACUAUACUCUGAAGCAAACAUUUGAGAAGGAUCAAGAUCAACAGAAUAGAUUAAAACGCAGAAGAAGUACAUCAACUUCAAUGAAAACGUAUAACGAAUCUCAAAGGUCAUCAAGUUCAAAAAGACAAAGGCUGGAGAAUGACUUAAAUCAAAAGGAUGCCAGUAUUUUUAUUGAUAGCAAAAGCAGACCAAGGGACCAAAUUUUGAAAGCUUCAGAAAACUCUGUUUCAACAACUUCCAAUACAUCUAUAUAUAGUCUUAUAUAUACCAAAGCACAAACUAAUUAUACAUCAUUUGCAACUCAUAAUCCUUUACGUUUAUAUAGGAUUCCUAAUCAUCAUAAUCAUCUGCACAAACCAAUAGCAAGUCAAGCAUCCACCGGAAAUCCGAUUACCUUAACCAAUACUUAUAAUCACACUCGAGUAACUGAAAAUCUCCCUGACGAUCUAAUGCCUUCAAAAUAUUCCCAAAUUUAUAGACCCCAUUUAUACCCCUACAAUCUACAUGACAACCAACAGCUUCAAGUUCCAUAUUACAAUCCAUUUAUACCCGCAAAUCAAUAUUACUCACAUGAUAAACUUUUUAAACCUUCAACCUCCAGUAACUCUUUUGAAAUUCCAAAAAGUGUUCUUAAUAUGCGAUAUUUACCAAAUCCCUAUAGUUAUCAUCAUUAUCCCGAUUUAGUGCCAUACAAUAAGUCAUUUCCAGCUUCAUACUUUCCUUUACCAAGAGAUUUUGCCACUAGGCAUCAUUUGUUAUAUAAUACAAAUUCCCUAAUAUCACCUGCACCCCUACAACCAUUUCUCAGUUCAGAAUUUCAAAAUCCAAAUGAUUAG